GGAAAAAAACGCUAGAAACACAACAAUACUUAUCUGACCGUUAUUUGACGCUUCGCGGUCCACCGGCAAGAACUGUCAAAUUUUGCUCGACGGGAAGCCGGGCUCAGCUGUCAACAGUUUCGUUCCGCUGUGGACAUCGCUCCGUGACAGUCAAACAAAUUCCGCGAAACUCGAAGGAUCACGACGGUGCGGGGUUCUGCGCGCUCGACCGUCGUCCGCUGUAUUCUUCAGCCCAAACAGGCAUUAGUCUUGCUCCGCGUAGUCCGCGUUUCUUUCCCAGCGAAAUCACGCGUGCUUGUUUGUUCUAUUCAUUGCGUAUAGAGUGUUGUUGUGCGUGCGUUUUCCGCGUGUUGUGGUCGGUGCAGAAAGUCCCAGAAAUAGCACUUUCGGCUCUCGGACACUGUGUAAUUGUGUGCAUGUUUGUGUGUGCGUGUGCGUGUGAAACAAAAGCAAAACAAAGCAUCGGGGCCCGUGUUUGGUGUUGUUUUGUUCGCCAGCAGCUUCACCAGCCGUAGCUGUGUGUGAAGAGGGUUCGUCAGCGAAGGCAGCAGAUUCUCCUUCUUGGAACAGCCCCCAAAUUACACACAUCUUAACUGAGCGAAGGCCAAAUGGUGGUUUCUACGCGCGGGGCAAACCACCACUACGUUUGACGCGCAACCCUUGGGACGGGGCGAUGCGAGGAUGCGAGUCCGAAUUUGGCAUUAAAUAACAAUCGAAAAUUGAGAAACCAAUUAGAAAGAGAGAGAGAGAGAGAUCGAUAGAGGGAUGGAAACGAAAGCAUGAUAAAUGCUGGGGAAACCAUUCGGGGGUUGUGAAAUUCGAUGGAUCGGUGAGAAAUCGGUGCCCUUUUCUUCACACGUAGGUUCUUCACACACUAGGCACACCACGAUGCAAUCCACACGAUGUUACUGUUGUGGUAAACAACGACGCGCACGGUAGGAAGCAGGAGGAGCAGUGAGGUCGGUUGAGAACGAAGGUGUUUGCGGGUGGUGGUGUGGACAUCGAUCGCGUGUGUUCCAAAGGUGCAGCAGUGUUGUUCCAGUGUAUCCUACGUGUAAGGUGUGUGUGUGUGUGUGUGCAGCGUAGUUAGUGCAGUUUGUUUGCGGCUUGAAGGUCAUUUUGAGGAAGCAUAGAAAGCAUAAAACGGCCCCAGCAGGCCGUGACGUGAAGAACGCAAACCAUAAACACGGCAGCGAACGCAGAGUGUACGGAGGAGCUCUGACAUAACCGCGGUACGAUUGUGUGUAUGUGUGGGGCGAGGAGGCUCGCCGGAUAGCGUUGUGAGUUCAUCGACUGGUCGGGUCUGUGUCCCCCGGUCCAAAGGGUGGUGUGUGCGCGGCGCUGUUGUGUACUGUGUAUCCAAUUGUGUUGUGUGUCGGCUUCCAAUCAUAUCAUUAUCACCUCGUUGAGCACGUUUGCCGCCCUCCCCGCGCGCGUGUGUGUGUGUUAAUGGGGUUUGUGGGUAGCUUCCGUGCGAGAGGGAAAGUGAAGACAUAAUACUAAUCCGUGCGGCGUAAAGUGACUCACAUAUCAACCCACCCACCCACACGAACGAGAUAAAUAAAGAGCACAUACACACAAAAGAACGGCGCGACAACAUAACACACUAUCCCACCACACACCACACUGGCCGUGCAAAUGAAGAAGGUAAUGAUCCCUUCGUUGGAUAUGAAAAAGAGCAUUUCCGUGAAGGUAGAUAGUGAUCUGACUUUGCUGCUGUCCAGUGGAGUGUACGAAAUCAAGAAGAUGGAGCCCCGCUGGAGGCUCCGGCGCCCGAUCAUCGUCGUCUGUCUGUUUCUCGCCAUUGCCGGCAUCAUCGGCUUUGGCUACUACUGUCCGGAUCAGGUGUGUGCGCUUUCGCGCCGGGAAGUAACAUCGUCGGUGGGGCUCGCCGGCGGAGGAAUGGCGAGCGGCAGUUCCGGCGGCGGCGGCCUGACCGAGCUGACGGCCGGCUACGAGCACGAUAACCUCGGCAAACCGGUCCAGCAGAAUCUGCUGGCCAAUCCGGGGCUCAGCUACGAGGAGGUGCUGAACGAUGACUUCCAGUUCGACAUGAACGCGCACGACGUGAUGGUGUUUCUGCACAUCCAGAAAACGGGCGGCACCUCCUUCGGCAAACAUUUGGUGCGCGAUCUCGACCUCAAGCGCCCGUGUACCUGCCAGCGGAAAAAGAAGCGCUGCUACUGCUUCCGACCGCACCGGAACGAAAAUUGGCUGUUUUCGCGGUACUCCACCGGCUGGAAGUGUGGUUUGCACGCGGACUGGACCGAGCUGACCGGUUGCGUCGACCAAGAGCUGGACAAGAACGAGGGCGAAACGGCCAAGCGGCGCUACUUCUACAUCACGCUGCUGCGCGAACCGAUCGCCCGCUACCUGUCCGAGUUCCGGCACGUGCAGCGUGGCGCCACGUGGAAAAACGCUCGCCACUGGUGCCUGGGGCGGCACGCAACGCCCGACGAGCUUCCGCCCUGCUAUAAUGGUGCCAACUGGAACGGUGUGGCGCUGGACGAGUUCGCCGGGUGCGAAAGCAAUCUGGCCGCCAACCGGCAGACGCGCAUGCUUGCCGACCUGGCGCUGGUCGGGUGCUACAACAAGACGUACAUGCCGACGGCCGAACGGGACCGCAUCAUGCUGGCCAGCGCCAAGCGCAACCUAGCGGCUAUGUCCUAUUUCGGUCUGACCGAGUACCAGAAGAUCUCGCAGUACAUUUUCGAGGAGACGUUCAACCUGCGGUUCGCGAUACCGUUCGAGCAGCACAACACCACCGUGUCGACGGUGACGAUGAACAGCCUGACGCCGGCCCAGCGCGCCCGCAUCGACCAGCUGAACGCGCUCGACCUCGAGCUGUACGCGUUCGCGAAGAAGCUAAUGUUCCAAAGAUUCGAAAGACUCAAAGCCAAAGAUAACGACUUCGAGGUCCGGUUUGCGCAUCUGGGCAAUCUGGGCGUGCGGAACGGCGUGACGGAGUUCAACUGGGACAGCAACAUCGACGACAUGCCCAGCAACGAGCAUCACUGAUAUCGGGCCCCACGGGCUCGUUCGGCCGCACUAGAGGGUGGCGACCGCGACCGAGCCAUCAUUACCGCCGGUGGACGACGCCGGUGGGCGAAGAGCAGCAGCAGAGCAGCAGUAGACGGUGGCAGCGGUGGACCGUUGCCGGCCAUCGGACCAUCAGCGCCACCGUACCGGGCACCGGCGUCGGGCGGAAGCGGCACCAACCACAGUGCCGCGAGUGCCACCGCCACCGCCAUCGCGGUCGCUCAUCAAAACUCAAUCAAUCAUCAGCGGGCCGGAAGCGGAGGCGGAGGUGGAUACGGAUACGGCGGACCGUCACACGCCGGUGACGUUGACAAACCCAUUAGUGCUAAGCUCAAUCUGACGACUAGUCCUAGCAGUGAAUGUAGGCGUAAGAAGGCUAAUAAGCAACACCCGGAGCAACAGCGGGUCCGCAAGCGCGAGGAUACGCACCCGACGGUCGAUGCAGCUAAGCUGCUGCAGCGAUAGAAUCGUCGACGUGGCCGCGCGCCUCAACCGGGAGAAUGGAAUUAGCAAUGUGCGCAACGUGCUGCGUACGGUAGCAUACCCUACUUAUGCCGGAACGCUCCAGUGUGUGUUCCUGCCCGUGCCCGAUGUGAAUCGAGCGAACGAAACGAGAGGAGGCGAUUUGUUGUGGCUGCGGUGGGCGCUACCGAAAGGCCCACAAAUCGGAUCAGCCUUAGGAAGGCGUACCGCGAAACGAGGCGGUGGGAAAGAUUAUUGGAAAUCGAAUCGCGCUAGUACCCCACCAGUCGUAGGUUUAGAAGCCCACAGUAUAAGCUUUUUAAAGAAACCAAUAUUCAAUCGCCACCGCGCGCGGGCUGUUUGUGUGCGUGUGUUUGUAUAGAGCGGUGCAUUAUGCUUACUAAUCAUCGGUUCGGUCGCUGCACGUUGGAGAUGUGAGUUUGGAGCGCUUCCCGUGUUCGUCGUCGUUCCGUAGUUUAUAGCUUUCCGGCUGCAAAAGUGACACAAACACCACCUUCUCCAUGCACGAUUCCACCGUCAAAAGCGGAUGGAGAUGCCAGUGAUCAGCGCCGCAGUCAUGGCAUACUGUGUAAGGCUUUAGGUUUAGCUUUAAGGAAAUUAUCAUAAGCGCCGUGACAGCCGAUUAGGGGAAGAAUGAUGAAACGCGGACUUAAAAAGGAACCCAGUUCAGAGCGCACACACAGUCGGUCGUGAGAUGUGCGCGCGCCCCGUUUGCUCCCGAAGCCAUAUCUGCACAAAUGCAUUCUCAGGGGGAAAAACUCUCACUCGUCGAAAUGGUAGUGUGAAAGUGAAUAAUGCAGCUUCCUCACAACGCUGCACGGAUUUGGCAAAUGGUGUACAAUCGUUCGUAGUUUUCCGGCUGAAAGUAAGUUGGAAAGAUGAUGCGGAAAUUCACAGAAAUUGUGUUUGGUUCGUUCGUUCGUGUGGUUUUUUUUCAGCCCACUGUCAAAAAUGUGGCCAGUGCCGUGUCGUGGUGUGAAGCGUAACUUACCGUGAUUCUCAUCAUUCGUGCGCCUACUGUGAUACCAGGAUACUGGCGUGUGGUGAUGAAGCGCGUGCGACGCGGGCAACGUUUGGAUUGGAGCUAAGAAGCAUCCGGGCGGGUGUGAGACGAACCCACCGACGCGACUAGUGAUGAAAAGUGAAGCUUGCUUGCUGCUGCUGCCAUCAUCCUGAAGCUAACGAGUUAAUGUAACCUGUCAUCAUGUCGCCGCGUUCUCGGUUCCUUUGCGUGUGUGUGUGUGUGUGUGCAUCGUUCCCAUCAUCUCAAUGGCUUCAUCCGGAAUCGUCCUUAGACGCACCAUCAUCACCAUUACGCGUCGCCGGAAAUGGAUGUGUGUAACGCCAUGGUGCAACAUCUUGAACGCGCAAAUGCCGAACAGUAGUAGUUGUGGCAGUGUAGUGCAUCGAACCAACCCGACCGGGUUUUGAGAUUUGAGCAAAAACGCUCCUCCCAGACACACAUCCGACCAGCACCACCCCGCGUUCCAAGCCAACGCCACAAGGGCGGGCUUUUCACAGGCACGUUAAAGGUUUUCCCGCCUAGCCCGCCUGGUCUGGCCUAUGACCUCGUUUACGUUCGAGUGACGUAUGUGCGGGGCCUGCAAUCAGGCUGUGGUAGCAGAGGGGAGAGCAUACAAUGUUUGCCUUGCCUUGGAAAUGAAGGAUACAGGAUGUGUGAGCCGGUAUACUAGCUUCCGAUGCUUCUGACGCUGCUGCUGCUGCUGCUGCUGCUGCUUGUAUGCACGGCAGAAUGCACCAUCCGUGCGCCUCUCCCACUCCUCCUUUUCAUCGUCGUCUGUCCCAUCGUCUUGGUCGUCACUCUCUUCAGUGAUUAGUGUCCUAAGGCGGUGUUGGAAGGGAAAGAACCUCAACGAACCGCGCGUUCGUCACACUUUCCCGAGACUUGGAGCAACUUGGAGUGAGGAAUAAAGCUGUCGCCGGGCACUCUCAAGAGUCAACACACACACACGCUCGGAACAAUGCGGAAAAAGUGGACGCUUUUCUCCUUUACCCGCGCGCGCGCCGCCUCUCCCGAAAAGCCAAGGGAGGAGGUGGAGAAGGUACUCUGCAAUGGCGCCGCCCGUUGCCGCCAGACGAGCGAACGCUGCUUGGAUACUGGAUAUCCGGGAAGAAAAACAAAACAAAACGACACACCGAAAUCUCUCCACCACCUGCAAGGGACGAUCUUUCAGCAACAUCCUUCUCCUGGAGUGCUUCUCCUAGAACAGUGCUGAUUAUUUUGGCUCUCUUUCUUUUAAUCAAAAGCGACAAAACGAACACCGGUAAACAACAACGGACCGCAAACGGAUGCGCCACCGUUGCACACGUGUACAGUUUGAGUUAGUUGAUAAGCUUUUAAAUUGAGAUAGGACAGGAAGGGGGUACUACCAGCAGACAGACAGGAAAUAGAUAGGGAAAAGGGGUUUGCCUGGCUGCUCGCCUUAGCGUUCUCCUCUCCUUUAGCAGGUAUUCUUCGUUCCCCUUUUUUUUGUUUUUGCUUUCCCUCUCAUUGCUGAAGCUAUAUUAUUUUGUAUGAGUUUUUACGUUUUUACUAUUACUAGCCCUCAGAAUACAAUUAAGUGAUCUGCGUGUCUGCAAAACAAUACUGGGCCGCUUGUAUGUAAUCCGUGCCGGAGAUAUCGUGAAAGUGUAAGCGCAGCGUACCACCAAAGAUUUUUAUACGCAAAAACGGACGACAUUUGUUACGCGGGCGCGCAAAUGCGCGUUGCUUUGCGCGAAUAGAAGAUUGAAUUGUUUUCUCAAAACAGAGCUUACAAAGCUCUACACUGAACCCCACUACUAAACCCCAACUCGCUUUAGGUAGCAAAGGGUUUAAAGGUUUAUUUACUCUAUAAUAUUCUCACAUUGCUUAGGCUCUCCAUUUAUCACGCGCAAUAGACACUUUUGUUUCAUUUAUUUUUAAUUCAGGAAAUUCCAGGUGGUUGUUAUAAUUUUAUAACGUAAAGACACAAUAAACAUCAUUCCCGACUCCAAUUUGCUGCAAUAGAAAGCUGUGUAAAUCACCUCACAUCCUUAUACCAUUUUGCUUUUAAGCGUAACAUACACAUCCACACAGUGCAAUAGAGAGACAGAGAGAGAGAGAGAGAGCGAGACACACAUACAGUAGUGAAGAAACAGAAUCAACAAAAAUGCCACAACAAUGCAACAAUACAACAAAAUCAAUCAUAUCACGAAAUAAAAUAAGAAAUAGGAAAGAGAGAGAGAGAAAGAGAGAGAGAAUGAAAGAAACACAAGUAAUAGUAAACAAAAACACAAUAACAUACACACAAAAUACUCCCUUAGGGCCAGUCAGUUGCACAAUAGUAAAUAAGUGAAACAACAAGACUCAGAGAGAAAGAGAGAGAGAGAGAGAGAGAGAGAGAGAGACGGUGGCAGUUUUCCCCAGCAGCAGCAGCAGCAGCAGCAGCAGCAGAAGGUGUAAAGAGAUUGUGAGGAAGAAGUGUUGUUUGUGUGAACAUUAAUUUCGUUAGCGGGGCCCCCAACCAUUUCGAUUGCUGCUGCGGUCCUGUUUCCACCCCCCCCCCCCCUCCCUUCCUUCUUUUUUGCAAGGUUGAUUACAAAUUCUCCCACCGCGCUCGCUCGCUCAGUGACUUUUCAGUAAGGUAAAAGGUAAUAUGGGAAGCAGCACACAAAACACCACACAACACAGAAAACGCGAAGCUUCAGUAGGCUUUGGGGCAUUCGGGCCGCCUUUCCAUCAAAAUCCCGUCGAAACCACUGCACAAACCUUUUUCUCGUAGUGCAGAGACAAAAAGAGAAUGAGAGAGAGAGAAAGAGAGAGAGAGAGAGAUCCAUCCCCUUCUCAUCGAACUGUACUGUGCGCAUUUUAAGCUUUUGUGGUGAAUGAGGUUAAUUUAGUUAUGCUUUUGCGGGUUCGAGCUCUCCGUGGAGCCCUUCGUUCGCGCUGUUUUCUAUCCCCAUCGUCCUCUCUCUUUCUCUCUCUCUCUCUCUCUUCCCCCUGCUUCGAAGGGAUAUCGUUCCUUAAUAAGGGCACCGCGAGGGCAUUAAAAACACAACCCUCCCCCCCCACUCGUUCAGCGCACAAUGAAAUGAACCCAGAAGGGGAGGGUUGAUGGAUGGAUGGUGGUGGACAGGGCGGCCGCACAAGGAAAUUAGAACAAUUUAUUGAGUGCGUUAUGCUCUCUGGUGGGGAGAGGGAGGGUCGAAAAGGGAACGAACCACACACACACCAUAUGGGGAAGGACAAGGAAAGGAUUCAUUUGCUUCUGUUGGUUUGUGCGUAAGGGAAAACGGUGUGAUUCGCUAAUUUUCGCCAUAAAUUUUCGAUCCUCUUCGUUCGCGCAAUCCCCUUCUGGAUGACGGGAUGGGAGGAAAGCUUUAUCAUCUGCUCGACGUGUAAGGGAAGUGGUUGGGAAAAAGGGAGAAAAUUCAAUCAACUUUUGGAAAGGGGAAAGGUAAACGGCUAACCGCACACACACACACACACCCAAAACCCAUGAUGCGGUUUACAGUGGGUGGUGUGCAUUGGCAGUGCUUUUAGUUCAUUUCUUUGUUCAGAAACGUUCAUGUUACGAUUUUUGUUUUAUUAUUUUGUUUUUGGUGUGAAAACACCCAAUAUUUUACUACAAAAACCGGAGCAUUUUAAAUGAGAGCCCCACCACACUGAACGAAAGCAAGAGUGCGCAUAUUAGGGGGCAACGAGCAGCAGAGCAGCAACAAAUUGCGAUAAAACAACAUAAAUUAAACCAAAAACAAACAGGAAGAAAAGUAUAUUAUGAUACAUAAAUAUACUCCACGCUAAAGGAACGAUAAGGAGAAACGAAAAAAAGCAGCGCAUCCCCCCCACAAUUUGUAUGUAGCGUGACUCCUAAUAAAAGAAUAAGCGCAACACACAAGUGAUUAAAAGUAGUAGGAUUGAUACAAACAAAUAAAGAAAUACCGUAUAGCGUUUUAGAUUUGUAAGGAAGCAUUACUUUUCAGGUAGAGAAGGAAAGAAGAAGAUGGUAGAGAGAAAAAGAAACCGGCAGGCCAUUUGUACAGUGAAUCGAAGCAUUUUGUUAGUGGUUAAGAGGGGUGGGAACAAGGGAGGAAGAAAGAAUUAGGUUUUGGAGGACAUGAAGCAAGCAACAAACAAACAAAAAACAAACACACCACGUUGUAAUGUGCGCGAAUGCGAAGUGCGCAACAAAAAAACAAAGAUAUAUAUGAUAUAAACAAAUAAAUUCUUACCGAAGCGACAAGGCGCAUGGAAUGAUAUGAAAA